AUUGUUGAAUGUUUUGACAUGACUUAGCGUGACGUAAUGGCAAGUGUAAAUUUGCCUUAAUUUCGCUAGUCGUCUUGGUCGCCCUGCAUCUCUCAGAGUAAAUUAAUGUGUGAAAACUGCCUGUAUCUUGGCCAUUUAGAUAGUUUUUACGUCCUUUUUAUUUUGUUGCCUUUCUGUUAGAAACAAUUCAGUCAAUAGAACUGCUCAGAUGGUUUCUACGUGGUGCGUAUUAAUGUGCAGUUGGUUUCGUGUGGAUAUUUCUCUUCGAUUGUGGUUUAUCUUUGGCUCAAAUUGAUGAACGCUGUCUGUCGUCACUACGCCAUUUUCUCCUCUGGUGUCUUGUACGUAGUGGAAGGAGGAAGCGCCAUUGCGGCAUCGUCUUGUUUGGGUCUGGUACUCAAAUAUUGCCGAGUAUUAGCGUCUCAUAAGCUGGUCUGGUGCCACUUAAAAUGCCAGGCUUCAGUAGUGUAGGCACAUUCAAGAUAUUCGUCGGCAACUUGGCCGACAAAACUACUGUGGAUGAUAUUAAGCCACUUUUUGAAAAAUAUGGAAAAGUUGUAGAAUGUGACGUGGUGAAGAAUUAUGGAUUCGUGCAUAUGGAACAUGAAGAAGGUGGACGUGAUGCAAUUCAGAAUCUAAAUGGGUACCUGGUUCAUGGACAAGCAAUAAAAGUGGAAGCUGCAACAAGUCGCAAAGGACCUCAGACACCAACAACAAAGAUAUUUGUUGGAAACCUGACAGACAACACAAAAGCACCUCAGGUGCGAGCAUUGUUUGCAAAGUAUGGAACAGUUCUGGAAUGUGACAUCGUGAGAAAUUACGGUUUUGUGCAUAUUGAAUCAAAUGAUAAUGUGAACUUGGCAAUUAAAGAGUUGAAUGGGUACAUAGUCGAUGGGCAGCCAAUGAAGGUUCAGGUGUCCACGAGUAGGGUUCGUCAGCGACCAGGAAUGGGAGAUCCUGAGCAGUGUUACAGGUGUGGAAGAGGUGGUCACUGGUCUAAGGAGUGUCCUAAAGCUGGGUUAGGACCUGACAGAAAUGGUUUCAGAGGCCCAAUUUUUGGCAGAGAACCAUAUCCUCCACCACCUCCACCAUUCCUGCGUGACAGAAUGAUGGGCAGAUUUGGAAUGAGGGACCCCUUAUAUGACGGUUUCUAUGACAGAAACAGAUUUGAAGAUUCACCACGCGACAUGUUCGAGCGCAGGUUCCCCCCUCUUCCUCCUCGUGACUUGGGACCAUCACUUCGUGGCAGAGAAUUUUUACACCCACCACCACUUCCUCCCAGGCCAAGGGAUGCUCUCCCUCCACCACCUCCGAUUGGGCUGCGAGGACCUGUUGGAUCUGUUAGAGAUUCACCAGUUUAUGAUCGCCCAAGUUCAGAGUAUAGUAUUUUCAGUCGGCGAUCACCAUCAUCAUCUGCUGUUCCACCAAGUCGAUUUAGUCGUAUGUUCGAAGACUUCAGUCGCGAUAGCUUUGAGGAAAGAAGUUCAGGCUGGCUGUGAAAUAAUUAGGUGUAACUGAACUCCUUGUCAGUAAUGCAUGCCCCAUCUGGUCCCCUUUUUAGAAGAAAAUUUGAUGAAACAGCCUUUCCUGCAGUGUCCAUAACAUAGAGUUGUCUUUUGUGGGUAAAUUACUCAGUUCACUGUUUCUGUACUAUUAUUUUCUGUUGUAGUUCAUGAGUCAUCAUCUAACUUUGAUUGGACUUGUAUAAGCUUCAUAUUCCUCUAUUUGUUUUGUUUUGUUUUACUUUUUUAUACCUUGUGUAAGUACGUGUUCUGUUUCCUUUUUAUCGGUAAUUCUCACCUGUUCAAGAUAAGUCUACAGCUAAUUGUGUAUUUAUUUUGUAUUAGACCGGGCGCGCGUGGAACGCUCUCUCCUCGCCGCUUUGCACCGUAUUAAGACGCAAUCAUCCGCCUGUCCGUCGCCGUUAUAAGCCGGUCCGUAGCGUCGAAGUCCGGUGAAAUUUUUCACGCGGGAAGCCUCGGCCGGAAUGAAACGGAAGACAAUCGCCUGUUGUGUUGCGGCGCGGCGUGACGGUGUAACGGGCAACUCACCUUUGUUCUCUUGUUUCUUUUUGAACAUGCUAGAUAGAUUUCAGAUAUUCUGUCUUGUUUGAUAGAUAAUUAUUGUUGUAGUCUGAUACAUCCACACCAUUACUUUUAAGCAUUCUUCUCUUCGUGAUUUUUGAAGGAGAAUUUUUGAAAUAGAAUUCUUCUGUUCAUUUGUUCAGCAAGUAGGGUGGGCACAUUCUUUGCUUCACGAUCAUGUGCAUUACGUGCUGUUGGUAUUCAGCAAAAUAUUAUUAACCCUGUUAUGAAGCCUCAUUCCAUAGAAAAUUAAACACGGUCCAUUUUUUCACUGAAAGAGAAAGUUGCACUUAGACCAUUUAUCCCCUUUUGACACAGUUGUGUACUUACAACAUUGAAAAGAAGUGUAUAAGGAAACAGUUAGUCUGUACUUACAAAAGACGUUGAACACAUCCGACUUAGAAAGGCUUCCCGCACGGCAUGUCGGUCGGAAGCGUUCCGUGGAAUUAGCGCGACAGAUGUGAACAGGUAUGCUGCCGGUUGUGUUCUAGAUUCUUUGUAGAAUAUUUUGAUUGGAACAAAACAGGAAUCAUGACAUUGUUUCAGAUUUCUUUCAUUUCCCAGUAUCUUAGUGUUACUUGUGAAAAAAAAAGAUAAUUGAUAGAUUUUAUAGCUGUGUAGGCUGAUAAAUAUAUCCCAGCUUGGGCAAACUGAAGUCAGUCCAGAAGAGGACACACAUUGUCAUUGCUUACUAAGUGUAUCUAGUGUUACAGAUUAGCAUUCAUAUAGAUUAUACAUAUUUAUUAGUAAGUAUCCAUAUUACUUUGAUGUGGUUUUCUUUAUCGAGGAAAAAUAAAACACAUGUCUCGGCAUUAUUUGGAAAUCGGCACCUUUUUUCAGCAGCUUACAAUAUUUGGAAUCUUUGUCGAUUUAAUUAUGUAAUCUAAGGUGUGUUAGAACCAUUUGUAGCUGUUUUAAUGUGUGUAUGUAUUGUUUUACAUAAAUACAUUUUUUCUACAAAGUGA